AUGGCAACUGAAGUUGAUUCGGAUAGCCGUGUGGUGAACAAUUUCAUUGUCAUUCCACCAACCCCAAAGUCUAACUGGAAGUUAUCCGACUUUGAACUCCUGCAUAAGCUUGGCAGCGGCAACUACGGCGAUGUUUAUCUCGCCUCCGUACGCAACUGCAACUUCAUCGUAGCACUUAAAAAGCUAUCGAUUAAGAAAUUGGCGGAGUUUGAUAUUGCCAAUCAGCUUCGGCGCGAGAUCGAAAUCGCCUUUCACACUCGCCAUAAGUAUCUCCUACGGACGUACUGCUUUUUCUUCGACGAGAACGACAUUUUCCUGGUGAUGGAGCCCUGCAGUAACGGCAUGUUAUACAGCGAGCUGAACCGUGUGAAGGUCUUCCCCCCUGCUACGGCCGCCCGCUACGUUGCGCAGCUCACGGAAGCCCUUCUGUAUCUUCAUCAGCACCACAUUUUGCAUCGAGAUAUCAAACCGGAGAAUAUCUUUCUCGAUCAUAAUCGUAACAUAAAGUUGGCGGAUUUCGGAUGGUCAGUGCACGAUCCAAGCAACCGCCGAAAGACGUCGUGCGGGACGCCGGAGUACUUCCCGCCGGAGAUUGUGAGUCGUCAGCCCUAUGACAUGUCCGCCGAUCUCUGGUGCUUGGGCAUCUUCUGCUACGAGCUUCUGGUCGGGCAGACUCCUUUUAUCGGAAAGGAUAACGACCAGAUCUAUAAAAAUAUCUUCUCCAUGCAGUUUACGAUCCCCGAAACGGUACCACCGGAGGCGGUGGAUUUGAUUUCAAAUUUGCUCGUCAAGGAUGGAUCGAUGCGCAUGGCUCUACACCGAGUCUUAAACCACCCCUUCCUGAUGAAAUACUACUACGCCCCCAACAAUAUUCGGCCUCCAUCCGGGAAGCGCCCGCGUAGUUGA